AUGCCUCCUAUAUUUGCGCGUGAGGCGCUGCCACCCCCGGUACUGCCAGUCAAUUGCAACCUUGGCAAGGUGGUACAAUUCAGGCACCCAGCGUAUCCGGACUCGGCCCCGCCCCUGCUCCGGCUCGGUGCGAUUGAUGGCCACGACUGGGAUGGCCUCGAUUUCGAUGUCGCGACGACCGCAUGCUCCAUAGUCACGACGGUAGACUGGAGCCAAGGAGUCAUGGCUAUCCGAACCCAGGAUGGUUCUUUCUCCGCCGUCGAGCGUCCGGAGGACGGUCUAUUAAGGGAUAGGCUGUACUUUUGGUGUCGUCGUUGCCCGGACGGCGGCAUAGACCCGGAUGUCCGGACAGACAGAUACCCGGUCUACCUUUCUUUUCAACACUGGCGCUUUCCACAUUCCAAGCUGCCAGAACCAUGGUGCCGCGUUACGUUACCGGAAUACGGGCCAGAACCGGAUUCCGUUGGACGGUUUGGAAAACAGGCCGCGAUCGACUGCGAUCGCAGCUGUCGCAUCACCACGGUGAACGACGCUUGCGAGACGGCACAUCUCAUACCCUACAAUGAGAAUAAUUGGUUCGUGUCAAACGGGAUGGGGCAAUAUGCUCGAAGGCCCAUGGCACAUCUCCUGAUCGAGGACGAGAGGAAUCUCAUCUUCUUACGCAGAGACUUACACCUCCUAUUCGACCAGAGGCGGUAUGUAUUCGUGCCCAAGCUGCCCCCGCCACCGCAAUCGCCAUUACCUUCCCACCAACAGCUGUUCCGAGUCAUGGCAUCUCACGUCCUGCUUCCGGAAUACCCUCAGUUCGCCAAUAUGUAUCAUAACCGCCUAACCCAGGAACCCCUCCGAGGCCUAUCUCUCGAAUUUCUUUUCGCCAGGUUCGCUUGGGCAGUGUUCCAUGACGAAUUUAUGCCUUUCUUUAGCGGAGAUGGGGUGUAUGCAGUACGAAUUUGGGACAAGGCUGCUGGCCAUGCUGAGGAUAAAACCCUAUCCAAGAAAGACAUAGCCUCAUUUGCCCGAAUUUUCGAACCUGAGGGCAGCAAAAGCCGCAACGUCAGCCCUAAAAAGAGGUCGCUAUCUGUUCGUGACAGGGACCUCUGUGACCAGUCUGACUAUGGCGAGUCUGACUGGGGCGACGCACAAGCCGACUGGGAUGAUGAGGAAAACACCGAGCAAUGGACUCGCGGGCGCAGCCUCCACCGCACGAGAAACUCGAUAGAUACUCCCAGCCUCGAUGACUCCUUUGUGGCUAGCGCCUCUGUCACAAGCCCCGCUUCUCAGGGUAACCUUGCAGAAAUCACCGCCUUAGUAAAACGCGACCGCCAGGAAGACUGCGGCAAUAGCGGAGAAAGAUCGCAGACCGACUUGGACUGUAAAAGACAGAAAUUGAUGCACUAG